UUAAUCUCACAGCUGAGAAAGAUUAAUUAAAAUAUAUUCAGAUGAAUCAGAUCCACAAUAUUUCACCAGUUUUGUUGGUUUAAACGUGUUUUUUCAUGAAGAUGUUUCUGCCUUUAUGUUUGCAUAUUUCUCUGUUAUUUCUGCAGAUGUUUCAACAGAUUUUAGGAGUUCUUCUCGUCUUUAAAGCUUUCUUGGUCUUUUAUUUUGAACCUUAGGUCCUACUGGCCGUGAGCCCCUCUCUCCUCUGUUUCUGACGCUGUGCAUCCAGGCGCCUCCUCCUCCUCCUCCUCCUCCUCCAAACAUGGCGUCGGCUCGCUGCUGGGCUGCCUCCCCGACCGACGACGCAGAAAAGCAGAGAAAGAGGCGCAGAAGAAGGGGAUAGAAACUCGCCUUUAACGUCUUUUCAAAGUAACUCCAGCCCACGCAGUUUGCAGGGAUCCACGCAGACUUUAAGCCCAGCCUGUUUGUUUGGAGACGUUUGUGCGUCAGGCUGUGUGCGUAACGGGAGCUCACCUGUCCGACGAAGGUAGAUUUCACUCCGUUUGCAGUAGGAUGUGAAUCUCCCUGAUUUUUUCCCUGAUUGCGGAGCAGAGAGGCGGAUAUCUGGGGGUGAAAACAUGCGCAGCCCGCUGAGGAGCAGGACCGCAGGCGCAGCACAGGAGUGAGACUUUCCACGGAGGAAAAACAAGUUUCCACUCUUCCAGGAUGGAUGGAGAACAUUCUGCUCUGUCAGGAGUUGAGAGGGAAAGAGAGAGGCUCCCACCUAUUUACACCAACUCUCCUCCUGCUGUUCUGGGACGGGGACCCAAGCAGCCGUUUCCAACCCUGGGAACCUUCAUCUCCACGCUAAGCCAAAGGAGGGAUGUAGGAGGGCGGGGCUUUGCUGUUGGCAUCGGUGGCACCAUGACCGGCUCGGUGGGGAUCAGGCACACAGUGAGGGAGCUGCCUCCCAUCUGCGGUAACGUCCGCCAGAGGCAGCGGCUCUCCAUCGACACUCUGCCUCCAGAAGUCAAAGCUCCCUUCCCCUCCGACCCCAUCAUCCCCCUCCGUACCAAGACUACCAAGGAGUUUCAGGAGGACGUGGACCGUGCCGUCCAAUCAGGCGACUGGAGGGAGGUCAGAGAGUUUUACCUGACAACCUUCGACUCCUUCAUAGAGAUUAACGCCGCCUUCAAGCGAGAGGCCAACGGAUUGUUUAACACCAUCGAGGACUCAGGGGUCAACGCCAAGUUUGUCAGCGUUGUUUACGACUCGCUCCUCAGUACACCUCAGGACAUCCAGAAGUCUGUUUUAAAAGGGAUCAUCAACAGCCUGCUGAGAGAGUGGAAAGGGCCUCGGACAAAAGACGACCUGCGAGCAUAUUUCAUUCUGAUUCAGAACCCCCAGUAUUCAAGUAUCAGCACCUACGUGAUCUUCGCUCACUUGCUGAGGCAGAUCGCAGCAUUGUCCGAGGCCGACCACCACUUCCUGGUUCACUGGCUAAAGAGGCUGUCAGCCAGGCGUUUCCGGCAGCUGGUGGAGCGCCUCCUGCAGUUCAUCUCCACACGCCUGUUUCCUGCAGAACCAGACGAGCUUCCUCCUUCAGCCAAAUGUUCCUGGUGGAUCCCCUCUGCCACCAAAGUUCUCAGCCUGUUCAAUGCGGCCAACAGCAUCUCCUCUCCUCCCAUCAUGCCCUUCACCGACUUCUACAACAUCGCUCUGGAGCACAUAGACUUCAUGGAGGAUUACAGAACCUGGCAGAACUACGGCAACUCAAAUAGGUUUUCUUUUUGUCAGUUUCCUUUCAUCCUUUCGACUGUGGUGAAGAAAGCCAUCAUCCAGAAGGACUCGGAGCAGCAGAUGAUCAGUCAGGCCAGGCAAAGCCUGGUGAGCAAAGUUUCCAGGAGGCAGAGGGUGGACAUGAACCUUCUGUUCCUCAACAUUAAAGUUCGACGAGCACAACUCCUCAGUGACUCGCUGGAUGAGCUGACAAGGAAACGGUGCGACCUGAAGAAGAAGCUGCGGGUGACAUUUGUCGGGGAGGCGGGGCUCGACAUGGGUGGCCUGACGAAGGAGUGGUUCCUGCUGCUGGUUCGUCAGAUCUUCCACACUGACUACGGGAUGUUCUCCUUCAUGAAGGACUCACGCUGCCACUGGUUCAGCAGCUGGAAGUGUGACAACUAUUCAGAGUUCCAGAUGGUUGGGACUCUGAUGGGCUUAGCAGUUUACAACAGCAUUGCUCUGGACAUCCACUUUCCUCUCUACUGUUACAGGAAGCUCCUUACUCCACCCACUGUCCCAUCUGAUCCUAAUGCAUUUGUUGGCAUGGCAACAGCCACUUUGGAUGACCUGCAGCAGGUCAUGCCCGAUCUGGCUCAUGGGUUAUCAGAGCUGCUGAGCUAUGAGGGAAACAUAGAGGAGGACUUCUACCUCAACUUCCAGGUGUUCCAGGAGGAGAUGGGUGUUGUCAAGUCCUACAACCUGAAACCUGGAGGAGACAAAAUCCCUGUCAACAAACAGAACAGGAAGGAGUAUGUCCAGCUCUACAUUGACUUCCUGCUGAAUAAGUCCAUCUAUAAACAGUUUGCAGCCUUCUACCAUGGCUUCCACAGUGUGUGUGCCUCUGACGCCCUCAUGUUGUUGAGGCCGGAGGAGGUGGAGAUGUUGGUGUGUGGGAGUCCAGAGCUUGACAUGAGUGCUCUGCAGAAAGCUGCUCAAUAUGAAGGAUACAGCAAGAUGGAUACCACCAUGAGGUGUUUCUGGGAUGUGGUGCUGGCCUUCCCUCUGGAGCUUCAGAAGAAGCUCCUGCACUUCGCCACCGGAAGCGACCGUGUUCCCGUUGGAGGAAUGGCCGACCUGAACUUCAAGAUCUCCAAGAUUGAUGUUCCGGCUGACUGGCUGCCGAUCUCUCACACCUGCUUCAAUCAGAUCUGCUUGCCUCCCUAUCGAACCCGGAAGGAGCUCAAACACAAACUGACCAUCGCCAUCUCCAACGCUGAAGGCUUCGGUCUAGAGUGAUCAGUCUGCCAACACAGAAACACUAACAGAGACUGUUUACGUUGAGUCUGCCAUGGAUCUAUGGAGAUCAGACUGCAGAGGAAAUAAGUGGUUGAAUAAAAAGGUCCCUCAUGUUAGGCAGAUAAGACCUGAGUUUAAUUCAACAACAGCUGAAUAACAGCUCUAUAAAUCCCUUCAUUUGAACUCUGUUGGUUCUGCUUUCAAACAACCCUGAUAGAAGGAAACUAAAUGAAGAUGAAUCUACAACACUGUGCAAAAAUAUUUAUGUUAAUGCCGAGCUCAGUCAGGACAACUGUCUGGAAAACAUUCUGCCAAGUGCCUUAAACAGCAGAAAUCUGUUGCUGUUUGUUAGCUGUUUAUGAGACGUUCCCAUGGAAAACAGCUGCUUUAUUCUGUAGGUAAACCUUUUGCACAGUAUUGCUGAUGGUAUCUGGAAUAUAAGUCCUUCAGAAAACCAAAUUCUAGUCUCUGAUCAAUGAAAAUAAGUUUAAUGAUUCCCAGUUAUAGUUUUUAACAUAUUGAAAUCUGUCUAGAAGUGCAGUUUAACUCAGAAAGGUCCGAUCAUCAGUGGGUGAUAACAGUGGAGCCACUAAGGUCAGAUAGUUUAAUAUUUGGCAGAAAUAUUGUAAAGACUAAACUAAUGGGCCAUGAAACACCCCAAACAGUAGCCUACUGUAAAGGCUGCCAUAUUGGAUUUAAGUAUUGUUUUUAAUCAUAACUCCUGUUCAACUAAUCAAAUAUCGAUAAAGGUGUCUAUACCUGUGAUUUUAAAGUUGUCAAAGAAGUUUUCUCUGCUCAUUUAGAUUUCACAAGGUCAACAUUUAUUGCUCUAUUUUUACAAUUCCCAGUCAGCUUUUCAGAACAAUACUAAGACCAUUAUGAACUACUGCAGAUGUGCUCCUCUGUAAAGCUUAACGGACUCCUUGAUUCUUAUUGGGUUUGUUUGGGUCAUUACUAACCCUAACCCCAACGUUUAGAGCUGCCAUAUUGGUUUCAAACACGUCGUCAUGGAUCAGAACUUGAACUUGACAGGAAGUUUGAUCAGUUCAUUGAACCUUGCUAGAUUUGUUGCAAACAACAGACAGGCAGCCUGAAGCUGGUGCUUCAGUUUUUCAGAACCAUUGUUCUGUUGUUUUCAGUGUUGGCCAACAUGUUGGUGCUGUCAGCACAAAUCAUUUGCUCGUCAUCUUGGAUUUUAAGAUGGCAACCAUUUUUUUUAGGAUUUAUAACUUGAUGUACAAUAAACAUUGAAGCUAUUGUUAAGUCUGGGAAAAAUGGUUGAAAUGUUGCUGAUUAAAUUAUAAAGUUAACUGUUUUCUAAACGUUCCACUCUCAGCUUAAAGGAACCCUGUAAAUAAAAGGAGAAAUGCUUCUGGUGACCAAAUGUAAGAACCAAAAUCCAAAGAGUUGAACGGUAUUAAGGCUGGGACGAAAACUGAUGAUCAGAAACCACUGCCUUGGACCUGGAUCUGUAUCUUCUGUCAGAAAACUCCAUCAGAAGAACUUAGAAAUGUAGGCUGGCCUCAUUCUUUAGCGAAACUUUACAGUUCUCUACAUAUUUUCCUUUGGUAUUGUCUAAGUAACAUAAAACUGGAGUGAAAAUGGUUUCCAUCUUAAAGCCAACACGAUGGACAUCUGAUGUAAAGUUUGACACGACCAACAUCUAUCAUAGUUAGUGCCAUCAUUCAACAUGUUUGGCUUCAACUAAAACAUUAACUACAUUGUUUCUCAGGUAUUCAUUAUAAUCAAGAAGACUUAUUUCUGACCAUAAAUGAUCCUGUUUAUUCACACACUUGAUGGUGAACUGGGUAAUACGGAUGAGGUUUAUUCUCAGUGUAAGUGAGCUAGCUGGUUGGACAUAUAAGGUUGUAAUGUUCUCUGUUAGGCAUUAGUCCCGGCUUCUGACACGUUAUGAGUUGAUUACCUGUAAUGUUUUUACGUGUUUGCUUUGUUUGCAGCACACUGUUACGACAGAAGGCUUUACUCUGAGAAAAAUGCUUUUGUAUGAUACGAAAUGUAGCUUCUGGCAUAUUUAGUUUGACAUUGCGGCCUGUUUUAUAGAAACAGCAGCUGCAGCAGACGUGUUACUUUGUGGCGUUUUUUUCUUGGCUGCUGUCGGUCUGAGAGACAUUUAGGAGCCUGCAGACAGGCACUGCUAAAUGCUGGGUGAGUGCUGAAAGAAACCAUCUUCCAGAUAUGCUGUUAUGUUUGUAUGUUACAUGUUUUUAAAUUAUUACACCCUGUUAAAGGUCGUCUGUUUAGUCAGGGUCCUGGGGAAAGGAAAAUAUUCUCCUGUCAAACUAUCAUGUACAGAUUUCCAGACCAAACUGCCCAAACCUAACCUAGUAAUAUUAGUUACUAAGCCUGACUAAAUCCUCCUUGGUCUUUAAUUUUCUGUCUAAAUACUCAACAUUUGCCAGCAAUACCUUCCAGUUAUUCUCACACUCCCUCUGCUUGAUGUUCUGCCUACAGUACUACACUCAACUACUUGACCUGUUGACCCAUUUCCAGACUUACCCUGUUAGUCUAAUCUUGGGUUCAGUUUACCUCGGAGGUCAAAAACAUGGAUCUAGAAAGUAUUCAUCUCCUAGUUGCAAGUUGGGAAACCAGGGAGAAUUGUUUUACAGUCAGCAGAAACAAAACGACUUUUAUCAGUACAAACUCAUAACAGCAGAUAACUGGUAUUUUAUGCCUUUAAACACUGUUGCUUUUCUCUCCCUAAAAAGAUCUUUUACAGCACUAUGUGUGCCGUUGAAUUAAUGUGGUAAAAACUAUAGAUAACCAGUUUAAUACCACAGCUGAACCUGUGUGUGUGUGUGUGUGUGUGUGUGUGUGUGUGUGUGUGUGUGUGUGUGUGUGAAGCAGCCAUAUUGGAUUUAGAGGUCAGUACUGGUAAGAAAUCUUAAGGUUGGAGGUUGUCUUUUCUGAUGGAGAAAUUGAACAUUUGAUUCCUAACCUUAAAAGAUCCUGAGCUUUGACUACACAUUUAAACCACGUCUUCUGGUUACCCAAACUUGGGAAGGUCUUUCUUAGCUGAGGGUGGUUAGUGACACCAGCAGAACCACAAUAGGAUCCCAGGGUCUCCUAAACCCAGUCUAAUAAAACUCGUUGUACCUUCGGUCUGUUUCCUUCUCCUCAUUCAGGACCUGGACUAACUGGGAACCGUCUUAACACAUUUAAAACUCCAAACUAUGGCAGGAGGAGACAGAGGAAGGUCCAAAACGCUAGUUAAAGAAAAGAAACCGAUCCAUCUGGACCCACAUCUCCACAUCUUCAUUAUCAUUUCUGCAAAACCUAUUAUUUCUGAUGCCAAGUUUAGGUUUCAGUAGAAGAUGAAAGUCAGGACACAUAAACAGCCAGAUUAUUGGUUAAUGAUUAGUUGAUGAUUAACAAUUAAAGGCAGUUUGGAAAUCAGUAGAAUGUGAUUGGUUAAUGUUAACUACCAGUUGGUCUCUGAUUUGUUCUUUGCUGGUUUCGUGUUUAACUAACCAGUAACAAACCAUUAACUUAUCGCUGCUUAUUUUAUCACUGAGAUUUUUGGCUCCUGAUUUGGUCAUAGCUAACUACCUAUUAACUAACCAUAAUAACCAAUUAUUGAGUUCUUAAAGUGAUGGGUAUUCAUCAUUAGAUAAUGGUUAGUAGGGCAUUAACUAAUCAUAAAAUACCCUUUAACUGCUUACUGAGUGAUUGUUAACUAGUUAUUAUUGAACUUACCAAUUUUUCUUUAAAAAAUGACCACAGAUUAUUAUUAUUAUAUUAGAUAAUGGCCAAUAACAAUUAAUUUGGCCCAUAACAGAAGGUGAUCUGUAGUUCAUUAUUUGAAAAUGUUAAAUAUUGACUAUUUAGAUGAUAAUUGUGAACAAAAAGUGAUUACUAUAUAAUGCUUAAUUAAUGAUUAUUUAAUCAUUACCUCUUAAACAACAGUGAUAAAUAGUUUAUCAUUGGGUAACAUUCAACUGGCUGUUAACUAAUAAACCUAUCAUUGGGCUUUUAAAAAUGGUCAAAUAUGAAUUAUUAGGUAUUAUUAACUAUAAACUGACCAUUAAGUAACCAUUGGCUGUUUAAAAAUGUAAUAAUUUAUUUUUGGUAAUGAUAGUUAAUGCUCCGUUCAAUAACAAUCAGUAAAAAAUUACCCAAUAAUUUGGCUUUUAACAAAAACUAAUCAUUGGCUCGACAUGAGGUAACGAUAACCUGGUCUCUGACUUGGUCCUUGUUAGCAGUUAGCCACUAACUAACCAUUAAACAAGUCUGUCUUCCUGUUGUUAGCCGUGGCUAAAUGUGUCAAGUCCUACAGGAUAAAUCCAAGUAACCAAGCAGCAGUUGAGCUAUUUCUACAACUGUCUAAAUUUACGUCUGGGCCCCUCAUUCACUCAGCCCCCCUGCGAGGCCGCGGUCCAGAAAGCUCCUGGCUCAACGAAUUCAGUCUUACCAACAGUCCAGAUACUCGGUGCGUUUAGAAAGAUGCUGCUUCACUCUUCUACAGCCCAGAGCAUUCAGAUGAUUUAACUGCAAGCAUCUAACGUUCAGCUACUAUUCCUGCUUUUUCUCAACCUGGCUGCGAGUGCUGGUUUUAAUACUCCGGCGCUGUCUAGUUCCACAUAACAAACUCAAGUAACCAAGCAACAGCCCAGAAACGUCUCUGGCUGCACUGUCGAAAUUUACAUGGCUUUAAUCUGGGUCACUCAUUCACUCAGCCUCUCUGAAAAAACCCAACAAUGGAUCCUUUAUAUUAUGUAAUGACGGACCCAGAACAGCAGCAGCUCUGGGCAGAACCACAAGUUGCUCUUUACUUUGAGAUGGCCUACAUGUUACAUCCACUCUGUGGCGGGCCGGACAGAACCUCAGCUGGAGCAAAAUGACAGAAUUAGCUGAUGAAGCACCAGGAUGCUGUUUAAAUUACAGGAACUGUUGGAUUUUGGGAUAAUUCAGUGUCAGAAUGUCAGAAAUUUGUGCUUUGAGUUUGACUCGGUUCUGUUGUACCUCAAAUGGACCAAACUGUGUCAGGUUAUACAGUGGAAGUGUGCAGACCUUGUAGAAGAUCUGUUUGAAAAUAGUUCAGACUGUUUUCCAGGAUUAGUUGAGAUGUAAUUAUUUUCACUUGUGAGGUGUUUAAAUUAAGCAGCGGUGCAGAUGGACCUGAGGAGGUACCCUUAUCUGUUUUCAGGUAAAUGAGCAUUGUUAAAUGUCUGAUGUAAGCUGACCCUUCCAUGACCCAGUUUGUAAAUCCGUUGUGGCUGUUGUUGCUAUAUAUUGUACAAUGAUGUGACUCCACAGAUAUUUGCAAUAAACCUUAACGAGGGGUCACGCCCCUCCUGAUAAAA